AUGAUCACCCGCGAGUCCACGUCUACUCUGACCUGCACUCCUCUCGCCCGGACCUUUGGUGCAGAAGUCCACGGUGUCGACUUCUCGAAGCCGGUCUCGAAGGAAACCGCCGCUGAGAUACGUGAUGCGUGCAACAAGUAUGGCGUCCUCGUAUUCCGCGGUGCGAAUCUCAACAACGAACAGCAGAUUGAAUUCACCGCCAACUUCGGCGAGAUGUAUGAUGUCAAGGCCCACAUGAAGGCUGGCCGCAGGAUGCGAUUUCCACACCAGCCUGAGAUCUUCGACGUAUCCAACCUGGAUGAAAAUGGCAACGUGCUCACCGAGCUGGAGCCGGCACGCGUCGGGGCGAACAAAGGUAAUUGCCUUUGGCACGCAGACAUGGCUUACAAUCCACGCCGUGCACACUACUCGAUCCUCCGCGCCGUCGAGCUUCCUCCGAAGGGUACCGGGGGCGCGACGCAGUACCUCGAUUCGCGAGCAGCCUAUGACGAUCUCUCAGAGGAGAUGCGACGACGCAUCGACUCUUUGGUCUGCAACAACUCCCUCUACCACAACCGAAAACUGGCAGCCCCAGACACUUUUGCGGAUUUUGAGCCCUCGGAUCUUCCCAUGGCGCGGCAUAAACUGGCGCAGAUGCACGAAGAAUCAGGCCGUAUGAAUCUGUAUAUCACAACAUAUGCACACCAUUUUGACGGAGAGACUAUUGGACAGAGCAGACCGCUGGUCAACGAGUUGCUGGACCACGUCUCUCAGGAGAAAUAUUUGUUGACGGUGGAGUGGGAAAACAAUGGCGACAUGGUCAUGUGGGACAACACCGCAGUGCUGCACCGGGCCACUCCAGGAGGUGCAUACACGACCAAAUAUAAACGCGAUAUGCGUCGGACAUCCACCAAAGACAGCAGCUCUUAUGGAUGGGGGGUAGAUCCCAAUGCAACCUGGGAGGCUGGCCUCCGUACAACAAAAGAAUAA